CCCCUUCGCGCAAUCUGGUGUUCUUAUAAAUCGGUGCCCUGCUUUUAUUACGGUGGUAAGAUAUAUUUUGCCGCCUAGGAUUUAGCUUACUUUUGUGUUUCGCUCGCUAGAGCUACGCCUGUGCUCGCUAUCAUCAAAUAGUCAAUGCUGAUAAUUAUGCUGCGGUUACCAUUUCCUCGAAAUGCUGUUGCUGCGCUUGGAUAAUUCCAUGCCUAGGUGCUUAGGUGGUUGCAUUAAUGGCCUAUGUUGGUAGAGACACCCUAAUUAUCAGGAUGUUGAUCAUGGCAUGUGCUAUUAAUAAUACAGAAAGGAAUGGAGCCCCCAGACCGCUUCAUAUAUUCAAACUGAUAAAAGUUCAGUACGAACAGUGAGAUGUCCAUCCUCGGAAAUCAGAAAGGUCUUCCUUGCUAAUCGAACGGAUCAAGUGCCCUUUUACAAACUCUGGGUGUGUCCACACAAACAAAGGAUUCAGGAAACAAAAUAAAAUAAAAUAAAAUUGCAGGGCCAGUUUGAUCUUAAUUGGUGUUUGCGAAUGAUUGCUUGAUCCAACUUCAAAAAGGCUUUCAUGUUGUAUUAGUGCAUUUGUAUAUCAAAUACCUUUUUGUUCGCUAGGGAAUCAUGUGUUGAUGCACUUUUAGUGAGAUACGGGCCAGAAUGAUAUAUAGUACGAAGCGGAGACUAAUCGAUAUAUUCAGACUACCUACCUUUAUUGAGGGAUGAUGUGGAGUGACAGAGUAGGAAACAAAAACUAAAUGAGACCGUAUAGUUUCUUUAUUACUAACCUUACCGUGUGAAUUCUGGUUCUGCAAGUGCUAUGUGUUUUAACCAUGGAAAGAUUUAACUAUGUUGCUCUAGAGUCUAGAUGUUGGGCUGGUACAUUUAGCUGAAUAUUACUUAAGAAGCUAUUAGAUUGGUAGGUUUAGCUACUGAUUUGGAACCUCCCUGACCUGCAGUAGGAAGCUACCACGUGGGUAGAUUCAGCUACUGAAACCUCCACUGACCUGCACUAUAGAUUGCAUUUAACAGUGCUGUUGAACCUGCGGUUUAGAUCACGGGUUCAGGGAACUUCUUUCUUGUAAACAAAUGUAAAGGUUCAUUUACUAGUUAUCCAAUCAUUGAGAAUCAAGCUUCUCUGAUUUUGAAUAUGAAUAUGUGGUAGGUUUCGUGUAAAGGGGAGCUUGUUUGCAUGCAGACAUACAUUAUGCUGCAAUUAUGUCUCAACAAAUUUUACCCACUCACAAAACAACAUUUGGGACUACCAAUGCCAUGGCUACAGUAUCCCUCUAAACAACACUUCUGUACUUGUUAAAUUACUCGAAUGUAACUAUCCCCCAUUUUCUGGAACCAACAAUUUUCACAUCUAUGAUCCAUAACUAAAAAUGCAUUAGUAAACUGCAGGGCCAUGCUAGGAAAUCGGAAAGGUCUUCCUUGGUAUGGAUGGACCAAGUGCCCCUUCCAAACUCUGGGUGUGUCCACACGAACAAAGCAGUCAAGAAAUUUGAUAUGUCAAUUGCAGGGCCAGUUUGAUCUUAAUCGAUGUUUGCAAAUCAUUGCUUGGUCCAACUCCAAAAAGGCUUCCGUCUUCUAUGAGUUCAUUUGUAUAUGAUCCGCCUUUUUGUUCGUUAGGGAAUCAUGUUUUGAUGCACCUUUAAUGAGAUACAGGGCAUUAUGAUAUAUAGUAGGAAGCGAAGACUAAAUGAUAUAUUCAGACUACCUACCUUUGUUUGAGAGAUGCGACAGAGUGACAGAGUAGGAAGCAAAAACUUGAUGAUAUAUUCAGACGGCCUAGUUUCUUUGUUACUAACAUUACUGUGUGAAUUCUAGUUCUGCAAGUGCUAUGUGUUUUAACCAUGGAAAGAUUUAACUAUGUUGCUCUAGAGUCUAGAUUCUGGGCUCGUGCUUUUAUCUCUAUGUUAACUAAGAAGCUAUUACAUUGGUAAAUUUAGCUACUGAUCUGGAACCUCCCAUGACCUUCAGUAAGUAGCUACUACAUAAGUCGAUUCAGCUACUGAAACCUCCAGUAACCUGCAGUAUAGGUUACAUUUAACGAUGCUGUUGAACCAGCAGUAUAGAUCAUUUCUUGUAAACAAACGUAAAGGUUCAUUUACUAGUUAUCCAAUCAUUGAGAAUCAAGCUUCUCUGGUUUUGAAUCUGAAUAUGUGGUAGGUUUUGUGUAAAAGGGAGCUUGUUUGUGUGCAGACAGACAUUACGCUACACAUAGGCUGCAAUUAUCUCAACGAAUUUUCAUUCUCUUCUACUCUAUUCAGCCUGUACUACCACUCACAAAACAAUAUUUGGGACUACCAAUGCCAUGGUUACAGUAUCCGUCUAAACAACUUUUGUACUUGAUAAAUCACCCAAAUGUAACUAUCACCCGUUCUCUGGAACCAACAAUUUUCACAUCUCUGAUCCAUAACUAAAUAUGUGUUAGUAAACUGAAAUGCAUGGCUUGGUGAAAACGAUUCUUGAAUAUAGAUUCACCUGUUGAACUAGAAUUCUCAAUCUUGGACCUCUUGAUAAACAUGAAACCAAAUAGAUUUUCUAGUCUAGCUAUAUUUUGCUGUUUUUUUUUAGAAAUUUUGUUGCAUCAACCCAGUAGCUAUAAGCCUAUAAUCAUGUUUACUAGAUUGAGUAAUAAAUUAUUGAAGGAUACACACAUAUUUACUGAUUAAGUAUUUUAGCAUGUAAAAUAUGUAUACUGAUCGCAUCAGAACCGGAAAUUGUAACCAAAUACUUCAAAGAUGUUUGCAUAUUGAUCGCAGAUGCAAUUUUCUUACUGCUUCUGGAGAAGAACUUUUACCAAGUAUUAAGUAUGAACCCUUCUGUGUGUGUGAGUUAUGAUGUAAUCUAUUUACCUAGCAAAAAUAAACUUAAACGGAUGAGAGUCGUGGCUCCAAUUAUUUAUGGCCCCCCUUGCCUAAUACGUAAACCUUGGCAAAACAACAAAAUAAUAUUAACAUAUGUGGUGUCAGCACAGGUGCAUACUUCAUUGUUUAUCGUUUUCCUCUAAAAAUUGUAAUGUGGUUGGAAAGAGUGCGAUUUCUGGACACCCCCCCCCCCCCCCGGUACAUGCAUUUUUGCACGCUUGUUUUUAUCAAGAACAACAUGCACUUUUGCACGCUUAAUUUUAUCUGGUCCAUCCUAGUUUGGAUAUUUGAGUUUAUGCUCAUGUCGUUGGAGAAACUAACAUUUGGGAAAUUCAGAUGGUAUUUUCAACAAUGAAUGGAAGAACCGUACGGAAUAUUCAGUGCUAGGGUCAGUCGAAAAAAAUAUUCAGUGCUAGGAGUUUAUGUGGUCAAUCAACUUGUAUCUACGAGACUAUUACUAUCAUGGAAACCAUCCUGAGCUAGAACUGGCUACCCAAUCGCCCGGAGACAAAAUUCUACGAUCAGAAAAUUAGUACCUCCAUUAGGCGAUCGUGAUUCUCUUUAUUGUUUUAACUAAAAUUGCUGCUCCCCAGACGAAGCACUACCUUAUUUCCAUAGUGUUCAACUCGCAGUAGUUUAUUUGGCUAAAACAGAUACACAUGGACCAAAGUUUAGGCAUGAAUAUAUGGUGGCUAUGAUAUGCAUGGAAGAUGGAACUAAGGGAGUUGAACCUUUCGGCGUCGACGUGUGCACUUGCACACUUCCUUUUGCGAACACUAUUCCCGAAAAUGCCUCCCCAGACCGGCAUAAUCACUUUGGGUAACCUACACACUGUAUUUCGUGUUCUGCAGCCAUUACUAGCACAUGAUUUUUCAGCUUCGUAGUGUCAGUGCGUUCUUAGGUGCCUUUUGGCGGAUUUCAACUAUUUUCAUUUUUGUCCAGUUCUGAAUGACUUUCACCUGAAACUCAAUACCAGGGUAUAAAUUUAGCCGAUGGUACCUGAACUAGUAGAUGUGCACUGAUUGUAGCUUUAGCUUAGAAUAUUUAUUUUAAUUUCCUGUUUACCAACCGCCCACCCUAGUAUAAUCUAGCUUUCAAUGAUGAGCAUGUUGGGGUUCUGCAGCAAGAUCUGGAUUCUUUUCCUUGUUAACUGAAAACUAGUUAUAUUGUAUCCUUUCGGUUGUUGGGCACUGAGAGUGCUGUCAGAACCUUAGUUUUAAUAUUUAUUAGCAAGUAGGUCUUAGAUUUCCUAGAAAUAGCCAGUCAUCUUGCAGGAGUGUUGAACUGAAUACAGCUGACCUUCAGUAUCUCCAGAUCAUAUGAUUCCCUCUCUUGUGUCAGAGUGGUACCUGUCAUUUCAUUAAGAACCAUGUUAGUCAUAUAGUGAGUGGAAGCUUCUUGCCUUACAAAAUCAACCUUGGUAAUUUAUUGUUUGUUUUGCCUGUCUACACCUCUAGGCACAUUCGUCAGUAUGAUUUAUCUUCAUUCAGGAUGUCACUACAUUAUCACUCUGUUCUGGAAUUCACUUGUUCUUUUGUCUAGUGAAGAGUUAUUUGCUUGUUGUGGCAACAAGGUGAUAAUGUAAACUAACUGUGAUACAUGUAAAGUCUUGCUGACCAGUACGACACCAUCAUGUUGUGCGGAGGUCGGUGGUCAAAAGAUUAUCCAGCUGAUGCUCAAAUCAUUCCAAUGUUGAGGAAAGACCAAUUUUGGUGGCCAAUAUUUGCAUCUUGCAUAUUCUUAUCGUAACUGAGCAGGACCUGCCUUUUGAGGAUCUUUUCAGUAUCAGACCAUGAGGCUUCAUCAUUGUCCGUGCUGAUCUUCUUUACAAAAUUUACCUGGACCUCAUGAUUCACAUAUCUCUUUUCAAAGUUUACGCACGAACAAGGUGACAGAUCUAAAGUAUGUAAGGCAUGUGAGGGUCUGUUAAUGUAGCGCAAUACGAUAAGAUAAUGCAUGUGAUUCCUAGCAUCUGUUUAGCAGGCAGGCCUACUUGGCCUAUUGUAUAGUACAUAAGCAGUACUCUUUGUUUUCUUAAUUGGUCAAGUGCAGACUUAAACAAGAGAUUGAUCUCACUGGAGUGUGUGACCUUGGGUGGAGGGCUGGGGCCAAGGGGUUUCUUCAUAAACAAUACCAUGUCCACGUGAUAACCUGUAGGCGUUUUCUACUAAUUGGAUCCAGCUACAUGUGCCCCGUGAGACAUGCUGCCAUCAAGAUACGCCCGGAUCAUCACCAACUAGCUGGUUCUGAUUGGAGAUUUGAUAUUUUAUAUUGUUUUCUCAUCGUACUUAUGUGUAAAAUGGUCAUUUGGGAGUAGCUUACCCUGCAAUUGGUAUUCUAGGCAAGCUGUAUGAUGGUAGUUACGCUCAGAGCAGCAGCACCUAAUGAUCCAGCAUUAUUGUACUACUGCCAGUGGAUCUUGUGAAUUGAAUAUUCCUGAGACAAAGAGAACUUUUAGUGCAUGUAUAUGCUGUGACUGGCUGGCUAAUCAGAUCGUUAUCAGGCUAAUAGGAUCUUUAUUAACCAGCUCGUGCAUGUCCGAUGUCAUUAGUUCGUCAUUACCAAAUUAUCUUACAAUACAAGAUGUGUUUCUGCUAUUAUUAAGUUUCACACUAGUAUGCUAGAUCUCUUGAGCUCUUAAAUGGCGUGCAUUAUCAUUGCUGAUGGGCAAAUUGUGGCAUAUUGCAUUGGAGGGAGUACCUGCUUAUAAUCUAAGGAUUGAAAUGAUCAAUUAUAUUGAGCUGCCUGGAAACUUUAUAUGUUCCGCUAUGAUGUUUUACUAUGUUGAUAGUUAAACUAGCCACUAGUUUGCGAAAGCUGAGACUUUGCAACUGGGAUUUACUUUGUGAGUAGAAAUUUGGGCCAAAAUGCAAUUACCCACAUGCUUACAUUUUGAGGUUUUGCUGUCAUGUUCACAUCUUAAUACUGUCUCUUAAGCUUCUAGAGGGUACGAAGGGCUAAUAUGUGUCCUACUAGCUCAGGUGUCAGGUCACUGAAGAAUAAAGCUGGCAGUUGCACUAUACUUGCUGUACUGCCUGGCUCGUUGCAUUGACUGGUCAAAUUCCCAAUGAUUCUUCUGAGUUGUCCAGCAACUCUUUUCCUGGAAGGGCAGAUUCAUUCUACUAUGAUCUGUAUGUAGGGGUGCAUUUUGCAAACAUAUUUGGUGCCAUAUAUAGUCCAAUGCAUCUACUCUUGUUCCUUACAGAGCUAAAUGUUGUGGCUGAUACAUGGGAGUGUUUUUCCCAUAAUACAGUCAUCAAGUAAAACUAUGUUGCAAACUGUGUAAGCCUACAUGUAUUGAUACAUUCCCGAGAGUUUGUUGGGAGCUGAAAGGGCAUACAUGAUUCAGAUAUGCUAAUUGGUCAUGCUUAAUAUAUUGGAAAUCUCAAAUUUGCAGAAGGCAUUAUUGUUUUGUUUUAGAUCCUCAGCAUUAGUACAUGCAUACUCUAUUGCAUAUACCAAAACAUUGGUUUUUUUCCGGUACUUUCAGUGUUUCUAACUAACUUGUCGAUCAUUUUCGCUGUCAUACUUUUAUGAAGCUUGGCUACAUCAUUUUAUACAAGGUCAACUUGAGCAACAGAACAAGAAUGAGAAUGACUGAAGUAGGGGAACCAAAGUGUUUCAGUGAGUAAUCAUUUCACGAAAUUGCAAGUAUGAAUUUAUCUGCAACCAGCUCAUUCCUUUGUUUCACUCCAUUUCUGUACUUGAAACAGUGCACCGAUCUGAUACAUGAACCCACAGUAUUGGCCUUGAUUCCGCCUGAUAAUGUGUGGGUGUAAUAACACUUGUCAAUGUGCCCCAUACAUGUAUUGAUUAUCAGGCGCCGCAAGACAUGGGCCGUGGGUGCCAAAUGAUCGAAGAGACCAGUCAGCAUCAUGACACUGCUGAAUCUGAUACACUGUGAGUACUGGCCUCCAAGUCGUCUCUCCCACCAGCACUUCAUCUCCUGUUGUUCAAAGCUUCCUCCCACUUGCAGCGGCGAUGCACGAGUAGCAUGAGACUCGCACAAGCUCCUCAUGAUGUCGAGCCGUAGGUCAAGGUCAAGGCAGUCCGGCUCGUCGAGGAUCACUGACGAGCAAAUCAGCGACCUUGUCUCCAAGUUGCAGGACCUCCUUCCCGAGGCGCGUCUCCGGGGCAAUGAUAGAGUGCCAUCUUCAAGGGUGCUGCAGGAGACGUGCACCUACAUCAGGAGCUUGCACCGGGAGGUGGACGACCUGAGCGAGAGGCUGUCGGAGCUGCUGGCGACCUCGGACAUGAGCAGCGCGCAAGCGGCCAUCAUCCGCAGCUUGCUGAUGUAGAGCCGGCUCCCAUGCAGUGCGCAGGCGCCUCGUCGCUGUCUUGCUGAGCGCACAAGCCUGAAUUUGAGCGUUUGUAGCCUAGGGAGCGAUCUUUAAUUAGUACCGGAGUUGCAGGUUACCUACUUAAUCCGCGUGUGUGCGCUGUCGUCGUGUCAUCAUCGUCUUAAUCAGGCCCAUCUUUUUUGUGUGUGUACUUAAAUCAAAUCGUUAAAUCAAACCCCGCCCGUGGUUGGUGCAA